AUUUCAGUAUGAUUGUAGUAUAACAUAAUCCUUGUUACAUAACCGAGACAGAUUUGCAUGCUAAAUGCAACGUUAGCUUGGAAUAAAUCCUAUAAAUAAUGUGAUUUUUUUUUGUUGUUGUUGUAACUAGCUAAUGUUAUACGCAAAUAUUUAUACAUUUUCAACACGCUUCCGUUCUUUAUGUGAACAUUUAACUUGCUAGCUAAGCUAACUAGCUAGUCAACUAUCCAGCUAGCUAGUUACCUAAUGUAAUACCUGUGCCUUGUCUCAAGCUAGCUAACGUUAGCUGUGUAGCUAGCAACAGUAAAGCUAGCGAACAACAAAGAAAAAGCACACACUUCAAGAUGUCCUUCAACAAAUCUAACGUUAGCUAGCAUUUGUAUUCAUUUGCUGCAGGAUGUACCAUGUAGCCCAUUUUGUUAAUUUCAAGAAAUAUUGUCCCAAAUCAAAUUUUAUUGGUCACAUACAAAUAUUUAGCAGAUGUUAUUGCGGUUGUAGCGAAAUGUUUGCACUCAAACUGAGUGAUAAUCCGAUGAUGUACCCGCCUCAGCUGAAUCUUUAAAUUAGACUACAAUCCUGGGGAACAAGAACCGGAAAAGACAUAAACGCUUGUGUUCCACAUGUCCGCUGAAAUGGAAGGACUGUGACUAACUGACCAUGGAGUACACCACCUCAACAGGGGAGCAGAUAGUCGUACAGACGUCCAAUGGACAGAUCCAACAACAGACUCAGGGCACAAUGACGGCUGUGCAGCUGCAGACCGAGGCGCCGGUAUUGACGGCCUCUGGCCAGCAGGUGCAGACACUCCAGGUCCAAGGCCAGCCCCUGGUGGUGCAGGUGAGCGGAGGGCAGCUGAUCACAUCGUCAGGGCAACCCAUCAUGGUGCAGGCUAUGGGGGGAGGACAGGGACAGACCAUCAUGCAGGUGCCUGUGUCUGGAGGACAGGGACUACAACAGAUCCAGCUACAGGGUGGACAGCAGAUCCAGCUGCAGAACGGUCAGACGAUCCAUCUAGGGGGACAACAGAUCCAGCUGCAGAAUGGACAGAUGUUACAGCUAGGGGGACAGCAGGGUCAACCCCAACAGAUCAUCAUCCAACAGCCACAACAAGCCAUCACGGCCGGACAGAACCAGGGCCAGCAGAUUCAGUUGCAACAGGGCCAGCAGAUUCAGUUGCAACAGGGCCAGCAGAUUCAGUUGCAACAGGGCCAGCAGAUUCAGUUGCAACAGGGCCAGCAGCUGGCUCAGACGGCUGAUGGACAGACCAUCGUCUACCAGCCAGUCAACGCAGAUGGCACCGUCCUGCAACAGGGAAUGAUCACCAUCCCAGCAGGCAGCCUGGCGGGGGCCCAAAUGGUACAGACAGGGGGUGCCAACACCACCACUACCAACAGUGGACAGCAGGGCACUGUGACCGUCACCCUGCCAGUCUCAGGCAACAUGAUGAACGCUGGUGGCAUGGUCAUGAUGAUGCCUAGUGGAGGUGCGGUGCCUGCUAUGCAGCGUAUCCCUCUACCCGGGGCUGAGAUGUUAGAGGAGGAACCUCUGUAUGUCAAUGCUAAACAGUACCAUCGCAUCCUGAAGAGAAGACAGGCCCGAGCCAAGCUGGAGGCAGAGGGCAAGAUCCCCAAGGAGAGGAGGAAAUAUCUGCAUGAGUCCCGUCACCGCCACGCCAUGCAGCGCAAGAGGGGAGACGGAGGACGCUUCUUCUCUCCCAAGGAGAGGGAGGAGAUGGCCCUGGCUCUGGCCCAGCAACAGGCAGAGCUGGCCGCCCAGGCAGGAGAAGACUCUGUAGCUCAGAUGGUCCGUGUUUCAUAGCAUUCGACACCCCGACAAUGUCUUCCUCCGUAUAUACACCUCUCGCUAGGCUUGGCCGAUAAACCGUGUACCGGGGUGUUUCCAAAUACCGACAGUAUGAUUUUUAAUACCGUUUAAAAAAUAUAUAUAUUAUAAUAUUUUUGUUUUGGGGGGUGCAUGCUACAGCACUGCUUAGAAAUCUCAAAAGUGUCAAAUAGAUGAUAUCCUAUUCAGGGCUCCAGCUAUGCAUUUGGUUUGCUAACUUGCUCGCUAAGUGGCUAGAUGUCAAGAUCAAGCUUCUUGGUUACUGUAAAGACAGUCAAUCCCAUCCUGGAUUAAGAACACUCAACCCUCUUGCCUAAAUUGUUUAUUGCGUAAUUAUAUAUAUAUAUAUAUAUAUAUAUAUAUAUAUAUAUA